AUGGCGAGGGCAGAACUCGUAGAAGCGCGUUCAUUUGGGGCGAAACUGAUGUUCUUUUAUUUCCUUUUGCUCUGUGAUGUGAUUACAAAUGCAUAUACUUAUUAUGGAGAGUGCGCAAUACCUGGUCAAGAAGACUACACAAGUGGGACUGAGAAUAUUAUAGUUUUGAUUUUCUUUGGAAUCCAAGGAGGGAUCCAAGUGCUCAUUAUUUGCUGGUUGUUUUUCUUGGUUUGGCAGACCUUUCUUUUUAGAUUUGGCCUUAUUGGGAUACUUUGCAGGGAAUUUCUUUCAAUUUUUUUGGCUUUUCCUGUGCAUUUGAUACUUUUUGGGCUGGAAAAAGGGCUGAGGCUUGAAAUCGUGAUGAAUGAGACUACUGUAAUCAAUUUAUGGAGUCAUCCUGGAUAUGAAAUUGUAUAUUGGGUAAGAAGCAUUUUUAUGGUAUUUUUUUAUGUCCUGCUCAUAGAAAAAACUCUUACUUUAGGAAGCCCUCAAUAUUAUAAGCCUCAUAAAUGGCUUGUAAUGUAA